CUUCGCGGACACGACGGCCAGCUCCCGCCCCCGCUUUACAGCUUUCCUUCCCGCGGAAGCGAAUCGUGUCCGUCCGUCCCACACCCCCCCCCCACGACUCCACUCCAUGUGAUGUGCUACCGCCGCCGCCGCCGCCGCUCUUCCCCUCGCUUUCUCCACUCCUACUCCCCUCCCGCCUCCCGUCGCCAUCGCCGGCCAUGACGCCGCCGAUCUCCCCGCCUCCGCCGGCCGCCGCGGACGCGCUAGCGCAGAUCGUGCACGCCCUCCUGCCGCCGCUCCUCCUAGCGGCGGCGUCGGUCAAGGCGCUCCACUCCCGGUGGCGCGCGCUUCACGGCACGCUGCUCGCGCUCCAGUCCUCCCUCGCGGCCGUGCCUGCCUCUGCCUCCGCGUACCCGCUCUUCGCCGACCUGGUGGCGUCUCUCCUCCCGGCGCUCCGCUCCCUCCACGCGCUCUCGGUCCGGUGCCAGGACCCCGGCCUCCCCGGGGGUCGGCUCCGCCUCCAGAGCGACCUCGACAUGGCCGCCUCCUCGCUCUCGCUCUUCCUCCACGACCUCUCGCUUCUCCUCCGCUCGGGUCUGCUCUCCGUCGAUUCGUCGACGGCGUCAUCCCCCAACGCCAUCGUGCUGCAGGUGCCGGCAUCGGCGGCGUCGCGCGCUGAUAAGUCGCUCUUCGUCCGGGACGCCUUCGCAAGGCUCCAGAUCGGGGGGCUGGACCUCAAGCUCAAGGCGCUCGCGUCGCUGCUGGAGCUGCUGAGCGACAACCCCGCCGCGGAGGCCGCGCAGGUCGUCGCCGCCGACGGGGACGUUGCCGCGCUGCUCCGCCUGCUCGACUCGUCGUCCCACUCGGCAUUGCGGGACAGCGCUGUCGCGGCCGUGGCCCACCUCGCCACUGCCGGCGCCGCGUCUCGGAGGGUGGUGUUCGACGAAGGCGGCCUCGGCCCGCUGCUGCGCGUGCUUGACUCGGGCUUGGCGCCGGCUACGCGGGAGCGCGCCGCGGCGGCCGUUGUGGCCAUCACUGCCGACGCAGGCAGCGCGUGGGCUCUGUCGGCGUAUGGAGGAGUGUCCAUCUUGAUUAAUGCGUGCCGUCCUAGCUCCGGAUCUCCCGCUGUGCAGGCACUUGCUGUGGCGGCGCUCAAGAAUGUGGCUUCCAUCGAUGAUGUCCGCUUGGCUCUGGUGGAGGAGGGUGGUUUGCCAGUUCUUGUUGAUCUGCUCGCGAGUGGCACUGCUGGCAUGCAGAAGAGUGCUGCUCUCUGCUUCUGGUCGCUUGCUUCCAUGGGAGACCACGAGACACAGAGCCAGAUUGUGCAAGCAGGUGCAUUGCCGCCACUGUUGCAAGCGCUGCAUAUCGCUUCUGACCAGGAUCUCCAGGAUUCUGUACUGCGCGCUAUCCAUGCACUUACAUCCGUCCCUGCUGCUGCAAGAACCCUCUGUUCGUCGCCUCUCUUCUUCGCACAAAUUACAGACCUCAUAUGCUGCUGUGGUAGCAUCCUGAUGCAACAAAUGGCCGCUGAUAUGGUUGCUGACCUUGCACCUACUGUGAGCGAUGACACCAGGCAUUGCAUGUCUCCAUGCAUCGGUACACUGGUUAAGAUGAUGGAGGUGGCUAAGCCAGCAACAGUACAGGAGUCAGCUGGACGUGCACUGCUUGCUUUGCUUACCUUGAAGUCCAAUCGGAAGGGUUUUGUCAGGGAUGGGAAGUGUGUAACCAGGUUAGUGCAAAUGCUUGACCCCCAGAAUGAGGAGAUCGAUAAAAAGUACCCAGUUUCAAUCUUUCUAGCACUUGCCAUGGGUGGUGGGAAUGGAACACGACGAAAGCUUGUGGAUGCUGGUUCUUGCCAGCAUCUACAGAAACUGGCUGAUGCCGAGGUGCCUGGCGCAAAGAAGGCUUUGCAGAGGAUAUCCAGUAGUCGACUCAAAAGCUUACUCUCCAUAGGAUGGCAAAACUAGUCCAUAUGCUGCAUUGGGUUGAAGAACAGCCAAAAUAUGGAGUGCUUUUAAUUAUAGAAGGCUUAGGUAUCUACUCGAUUAGGAGUGAUGAUACAAGAACACCUAGCGAGAGACGAGUUCUCAGUUUCUCUGCGGCGAAAAGGUGGACAGUAGAUGGUAUUUACUAGUAGUGUAUUAACAAGAUCGAAGCAUGGAUGCGGCAUUUUAGGAAGUAUCCUGGAGCUUCUAUUUUUGCUCUUUUUUCCCUUUUUCUUAUUUUUGUCCUUUUAUUUUUAGCUUCUCCUUUUUCUCCGCGGUGGCUCUAACCUGACUUGUGAAGUAAUGAUUUGUUUGUGUGUUGAUUUGGAAUGAAGCAAAUGUUUGAUCUGGCA